UUGUCAGUCUGCUGCAGACCAGGUUUUCAACAGGACCUGAUCUCUACAGGGUCCUGGUUCUCAGUCUGUGCUGUGGUUCUGCAGGUCUUGGUUCUGACCAUGGUUCUGUUUCAGCUGCUGCUGCUGUUUGCUCUGCAGGUGUGUACAUGGACCCAGGAAGGCGGGGUCUCUGAUGACAUCAUCAUACCUGAAUUCAGUGACGUCUGCACCGAGGGCAGUUGUUACCCAGCCACAGGAGACCUUCUUAUUGGACGAGCUCAUCAGCUGUCGUCCACCUCCACCUGCGGUCUGAACCGACCAGAACCCUUCUGCAUCGUCAGCCACCUGCAGGAGGAGAAGAAAUGUUUUGCGUGCGACUCGGCAACAGCGUUCGACGAGCGGACCAAUCAUACCAGCAGCCAUCGUGUAGACAAUGUGGUGACGUCGUUCGCUCCGAACCGACUGAAGACCUGGUGGCAAUCGGAGAACGGAAUGGAGAACGUUAGCAUCCAACUGGACCUGGAGGCGGAGUUUCACUUUACUCACCUCAUCAUGACCUUCAAGACGUUCCGUCCCGCUGCCAUGGUGAUCGAGCGCUCUGCGGACUUCGGAAAGUCGUGGCAGGUUUAUCGAUACUUCGCCUACGACUGCGAGAGUUCGUUUCCCCACGUGUCCCAUGGUCCAAUGAAGAAGGUCGAUGAUGUCAUCUGUGACUCGCGCUACUCAGACAUUGAGCCGUCCACCGAAGGAGAGGUGAUCUUCAGAGUUCUGGACCCAGCGUUCAGGAUCAGCGACCCGUACAGUCCCAGAAUACAGAACCUGCUGAAGAUCACCAACCUCCGAGUAAAGUUCACAAAGCUCCACACCCUCGGAGACAACCUCCUGGACUCCCGAAUGGAGAUCAAGGAGAAGUAUUACUACGCCAUCUACGACAUGGUGGUGCGAGGAAACUGUUUCUGCUACGGACAUGCCUCGGAGUGUGCCCCCGUUGAGGGGACGGGUGUGGCCAGCGAGGGCAUGGUCCACGGUCACUGCAUGUGCAACCACAACACCAAAGGUCUGAACUGUGAACAGUGUCAGGACUUUUACCACGACCUGCCCUGGAGACCAGCCGAGGGGCGCAACACCAACGCCUGCAGGAAGUGCAACUGCAACCAGCACUCGGACUCGUGUCACUUCGACAUGGCCGUGUUCGUGGCGUCAGGAAACACCAGCGGCGGCGUCUGUGACGACUGUCACCACAACACAGCCGGUCACAAGUGUGACCAGUGUAAACCCUUCUACUACCAGGACCCAGAGAAGGACCUGAGGGACCCCAACGUCUGCCAACCCUGCAACUGUGACCCCGUUGGUUCUCUCAACGGAGGGUCAUGUGACCAGACGACCGACGUGGCUCGUGGAACGAUCGCAGGUCUGUGUCGCUGUAAGGUCAACGUAGAAGGAGAACGAUGUGAAAGCUGCAGAGAUGGAACCUACGGCCUGGGCGACACCUCGGAGGGAUGUACAGCGUGCACCUGCAGCCCCGUUGGAACACUUCCUGGAGAAAACCCAUGUGACAAAGAGACAGGAAGUUGUUUCUGCAAACGUCUGGUGAUGGGACAGAACUGUGACCAGUGUGUGCCUGAACACUGGGGCCUCAGCAACGACAUGGACGGCUGUCGACCAUGUGACUGCGACCUGGGAGGAGCCGUCAACAACCAGUGUGAUGAUGUCACGGGUCAGUGUGUGUGCAGAGAGCACAUGUUUGGCCGCCGCUGUGAUCAGGUUCAGUCUGGAUUCUACUUCGUGGCCCUGGAUCACUACACGUAUGAAGCAGAGGACGCCACCUUCGGACCCGGCGUGGCAGUUGUGCCCAGGCCACACCCCCUGGACCGCAGUCCCACGUGGACCGGUUUGGGUCUGGUCAACGUUCCAGAAGGCGCCUUCUUGGUCUUCAGUAUUGACAACAUUCCUUACUCCAUGGAGUAUGACAUCAUAAUUCGCUAUGAGCCCCAGCUUCCAGACCAAUGGGAGGAGGUUCUGAUGACGCUGACCAGACCUGGACCAAUGAGAGCUGACAGUCGCUGCAUCAACACUGUACCUGACGAUGACAACCAGAUGGUGUCGCUGCAUCCUGGCUCGAGGUACCUGGUUCUACCCCGACCCGUGUGUUUUGAAUCCGGUCAGAACUACACCCUCCGCCUCAGUCUGCCACUCUACUCGGCUUUGAGCGACGUGCACAGUCCGUACACACUCAUCGACUCGAUCGUGUUGAUGCCUCACUGUAAGAACUUGGACAUCUUCAGUACCCCGGAGGGCGGAGACUCUGAAGGCGGGAACAGUGGCUGGGAGACGUUCCAGCGGUACCGAUGCUUAGAGAACAGUCAGAGUGUCGUCAAGACACAGAUGACUGAAAUCUGCAGGAACUUCAUCUUCAGCAUCUCCGCUCUGCUGCACCGGGGAGCCAAAGAGUGUCAGUGUGACCCACAAGGUUCCCUCAGUACUGUCUGUGACCCCAACGGGGGCCAGUGUCAGUGUCGCCCAAACGUCAUAGGAAGGAACUGUAACACGUGUGCUCCAGCCACGUUCCAAUUUGGUCCCAAUGGCUGCAAAGCCUGUACGUGCGACCCUCAGGGUUCUCAGAGCCCCGUCUGUGACCAGUUCAGCGGUCAGUGUCCGUGUGUCCCGGGCGCGUACGGAAGACAGUGUGAACGAUGUCUGCCGGGACACUGGGGGUUUCCCACCUGUCGACCCUGUUCCUGUAAUGGACACACUGACCACUGUGACCCGGACACUGGAGUCUGUCUGGACUGCAGAGACUUCACCACCGGACACAGCUGUGACAGGUGUCUCGAUGGGUACCACGGUGACCCCGUACUGGGUUCCGGGGACCACUGUCGUCCCUGCAUGUGUCCUGAUGGUCCCAGCAGCCAAAGGCAGUUCGCAGGAACAUGUUAUCAAAGCUUUGACUCAGAGCAGGUGGUCUGUGUCUGCAAGACCGGGUACAGAGGUGGUCGUUGUGACGUGUGCUCUCCUGGGUAUUACGGUAACCCAGACCAGGUGGGUGGGGAGUGUCGUCCGUGUCAGUGCAACAACAACAUCGACGUGUCCGAUCCGGAAUCAUGUGACUCUCGGACCGGCGAAUGUAGGCAGUGCCUGUACCACACGGAGGGCGGAGCCUGUGAGAACUGUCGUCUGGGUUACUACGGCGACGCCUUGAGUCAGGACUGCAGGAAGUGUGUGUGCAGCACACUGGGAACUGAUCCGUCCACCUGUCAAUCACCGGGAGAGUGUGCGUGCGAGCGUGACAGCGGACAAUGUCCCUGCCUUCCUAAUGUGGAGGGUCAGGAGUGCCAACGAUGUGUUCCCAAUACCUGGAACCUGGCCAGCGGUGCCGGAUGUCAGUCAUGUGACUGUGAUGUCAAACAUUCAUUUGGUUCAUCAUGUGACCAGGUGAGCGGACAGUGUUCCUGUCAUCCAGGCUUUGGAGGAAGAACCUGCAGCGAGUGUCGGGAACUGUUCUGGGGCGAUCCAGAGGUCCAGUGUCAGGCCUGUGACUGUGACCCGCGGGGCACCGCCCAGCCGCAGUGUGACAAGGCGGACGGUCGGUGUGUGUGCGUGGAGGGCGUGGCCGGACCGCGCUGUGACACCUGUGCUCGUGGUUUCUCUGGAACAUUCCCAGACUGUCGCCGCUGCCACCAGUGCUUCGCUGACUGGGAUGACAUCAUCGGUCAGAUGACCAACCAAACGCACAGAUUGGUCAACAAGGUCAACGCCCUGAAAGCUGGACCGGUCGCCGGGCCGUACAAGAAGUCCAUGGAGUCCAUAGAGAAGAGUGUUGGGGAACUGCAGGUCCUCCUGAACCAGAACCCGGCUGCACAGCCGCUCACUGAGAUCCAGAACCUUCUACAGGAGACCAGUGACCAGAUUAGAACCCUGGGCCAGACGUUGAACAACACAGAGGAGGCCAUGGUCCAAGUUGGAGAUCAGGACUCUGCAGCAGAAAAGAAUCUGGACAGUGUGAUGUUGGACACUCGGAAACUGGAGCAAACGGUUCAGGAGCUGCUGGCUCAGGUGGAGGUCAUCAAAAACUCAGACAUCAGAGGUGCAGCGGCCAGCGUCACUAAGUACUUCCUGCAGUCACAGGAAGCUGAAGCUCGAGCCAACGCCUCUACUGUGGAUGAAGGCAGUGACGUGAAGACAUCUGAAGAUCUGCGCCGCCUCACAGAAGACAAAAUGAACAUCAGCAGAGAAGACUUCCUGAAAAGACAAUCUGAGCAUGCUCAGAAACUGGACGAGUUGGCCGAAGACCUUCAGACCCUGGACCUGUCAGAGAUCAGUCAGAAGACCUGUGGCGCCUCCUCAGGGGUCCAGGACGGGUGCGGUUCUUCUUCCUCUGACGGUCAGUCUGAGUGUGAAGGUGAAGGCUGUCACGGCGUGGUGACCAUGGCCAACAACGUCUGGAAGAAGGCUCAGGAACAGGAACAGGAAAUCAUCAACGCCAUGGGUGAGGUGGAGAAGCUCUCCAAGAUGGUCUCAGAGAUGAAGCUGAAGGCAGAUGAAGCUAAAGUCAACGCUCAGGAAGCUCUGAUGAAGACCAACAGAACCAAACAGAGGGUGGACCAGAGCAACCAGGAGCUCAGACGCCUCAUCGGACAGAUCCGAGACUUCCUGACACAGGAUGCUGCAGACCUGGAGAGCGUCGAGCUGGUGGCCAAUGAAGUUCUGCAGAUGCAGAUGCCGACGACUCCGGCUCAGCUGCAGAACCUGACGGAGGAGAUCCGACAGAAAGUUGGAGAACUCGGUGAUGUGGAGUCCAUCCUUCAGCAGAGCACUGAUGACAUUCAAAAAGCUGAGAACCUGCUGGACCAGGCUCGACAAGCCAGUGAAGAAGCAGCAAAUGUGAAGGAAUCUGCAGAGAAGGUGAAAAAAGCCCUGGAAGAAGCUGAGAAAGCACAGAACAUUGCCAACAGCGCCAUCCAGAGGGCUACCGCAGACAUCCACAACACCAACACCCUAUUGUCUGUGGUCAAGUCUGAAACGGCUGAGGCGGAGAUAAGGCUGACUAACGCCACCCAGAGGCUGCAGAGGCUGGGGCAGAAUGUGACGCUGCUAAGAGACAAAGCUGAAAACAUUUCUCUGAGCAGCCAACAGACCAGUGAGGACGCAGCAGUGGUCCAGAGGAUCGCAGAGGAAGUGACAAAGGAGCUGGAUUCAGAUGUGAAGGACAAGUACGCCACCGUGGGCCAGCUGAUUGAUCAGAAGGCUGAAGGUGUGGCCACUGCCAAGAAGAGGGCGGAGUCUCUGCAACAGGAAGCCAAAGCUCUUUUACUACAGGCCAGUGACAAGCUGCAGCUGCUAAAAGAUCUAGAAAAGUCAUACAGCGAUAACCAGCAAACUCUGGAGCUGAAGGCUCAGCUGCUAGUGGAGCUGGAGGCGGCGGUCAAAGAUCUGCUGCAGGACAUCAGCCACAAAGUCACAGUCUACAGCACCUGCCUAUUCUGAGAACAGGAGGCGCUGUUUCCCAGUAAAAAUUUAGCAUUUUUGAACUGUGAUAAUUAGAAAACUUGAUAAUGUAAUCAAAACUUUUUUGUGAUCAAACCUGCAUUAAAUCUUCAAAUCUUA